AUGAUCAGCAUCAAUUCGUCUCAGUGGUUGAACGUCUUCUACUGCUUCCAGAUUAUUCCUGUGCAACGCCUGUACUUCGUCUGGCUGAAGAAGAACCUCAGAAUCUUCAUAUCCUCUGCUUUAAUUGUCAGUGCUGUUGUCUGUCUGUUGGGAAUGAGUGUAAACAUCGCAGAUAUAGAAAUAUUGUUUCGUUAUAAUGACACAGACCCGAAAACAGAUUGGAUACACCUUGUAAAUGCACAGAAAUCAGGGUUUUAUAUGACCUUGGGCCUUUUUUGCCUCAGCCUUUGUGUGAUGUUAGCAUCAAGUAGCACCACUGUUGUCUUUCUGUGGAGGCACUUGAAAAAUGUGGGGAAGAACAGCGGCUCCUUUUCCUCUCCCCGUCGCCAGAGACAUAUAAGGGUGACCGUUAUAAGCAUAGUAGUACAGGCGCUCCUUCAUGUCAUCUGCUCAGCUUUGGUUAUUAUAGAUGAACUUGUAAUUUACGUAUCUCCUUGGUAUUUUGACUUGGGCAAUAAUAUCCUUUGUACUAUUGUCUCUUUGUACUCUUUUGGGACAACCAUUAACAUGAGUGUGAGUCAGUCACUGUUCCGGCAGAGAACUGUUUAUGUUUGGCAAAAACUUUUCCUACCUCACAGUUCUUCAUCUGUGUCAACAAUCACUCAGUCGCCCAUUUAA